AUGGAAACAUCAAACAACAAAAGUGAAAAAUGUAAAUGGAGGAAAAUCAAGAAAUUAUUCAACAACUUUACUGGCCAUGACAUUCGGGAUAUUUCAUCGUUUGAUGAUUUUACAAAUUUUAUGUGGACUGAAGUUGAUGCGGCGAGCCUUGGCAUCUGCAGAAUGCUUUUUGGUAUAAUGAUGCUUAUGGAUAUACCAGAAGAGCGCGGUGGGAGUGAUCUCGACUUACGUUGGGGCGAAACUAAAGAUUGUCGUUUUCCAUUAUUUCCGUUCAUAAAACCUCUCUCUUUAGCCAAAAUGGGUCUUAUUUAUUGUUUAAUGUGGUUAGGAGCUCUGGGAAUAACUUUAGGAUAUAAAUUUAAAUCAUCGUGUCUUGUUUUUGUAAUAACGUAUUGGUACCUAUUUCUCCUUGAUAAAAGUUCGUGGAACAAUCAUAGCUAUUUAUAUGGAUUGGUUGCGUUUUUGUUUUUAUUUACAAAUGCUCAUCAUUUUUGCUCAUUUGAUGCUUGGUGUAAUAAACUUGAAUCUAAAGUGCCAUUCUGGAAUUAUUUUCUCCUAAAAUUCCAAUUUUUUAUUCUCUACUUUAUUGCUGGAUUAAAAAAGUUUUCUGUUGAAUGGCUCGCAGGUCACUCAAUGACGAAUCUUAAUCAUCAUUGGAUUUUUACACCAUUUCGACUAUUGCUUGGUCCAGAGCUGACGAAUCUUUUUGUUGUGCAUUGGUUCGCAACCAUUUUUGAUACAUCCAUUGCAUUCUUCUUAAUUUAUAAAAGGACUAGGAUUAUUGGGACAUUAUUUGCACUAUCCUUUCAUUUAAUAAAUUCAAGGAUAUUUAACAUUGGAAUGUUUCCAUUUGUAUGCAUUGUUGAACUUCCUUUAUUCUAUGAAAACAAUUGGCCACGAAAUGUGUGGAGGAAAUCGAAAUGUUCAUUGACUUCCGAUGAUUCCAAAAAUGACAAAGUAAUGAGCAUAAAACGGACAUUGUCAUUUAGUAAGAAGAAAGAGAGAAGCAACAAAACGCGAUGUACAUUAAAGGAAAAAUUUACGACUCUUCUCAUUUUAAUUUAUUGUUGUCUGCAAUUCUUUCUACCCUAUUCACAUUUUAUCACAAAAGGCUAUAACAAUUGGAGACAUAUCUACGGAUAUUCAUGGGAUAUGAUGAUGAACGAAUGGUCAACAAUGUUGGUGUCAGUUCGUGUCGUCGAUCAUGGCAAUAAUAAACAACAUUUUAUGGAACCUUUGGCAUUCACUGAUUCAUAUCGAUGGACUCAAUAUCCUGACAUGACUUAUCAAUAUGCUACAUGCAUUAAUCACAAUCUUGUAGCUGACUUUCAUGAGAAUCCAAAUUCAAUGCUUUCAUCCGAUAAUUUCUCAAUAUACUUUGACAUAUGGUGUUCCUUAAAUGGCAGAUUUCAACAACGAAUUUACAAUCCAACAAUUGAUUUAUUAAAGAGUGAUUGGAAUCCGUUUCGUACACCAUCAUUUACACUGCCACUAAUAAAAGAAUAUUCGUAUUUUCGGAAGGAUAUUAUGGAUAUAUCAAAGGAUGUUUAUUCAUGGAAUAACUUUACGGAUGUGCUGUUUAUAGCCGACUUCCCAGGCAUGACACUUGAUAAUUAUGUAUUGCCUGUUAUGGAUAAUGUUACACUUACAGUCCUCGAAGGAAUUUUGAAAUAUGAACAGGAAAAUGACACGACAGCUAGUUUUUUGACAAAAGGACAAAGCAUUGGUGUUAAAUCAGGUGUGUUUCAUAAAGUAACAACAAUAAGCGACGCACCUUCAUGUUAUCUUUACACCUACAUUAAUGCAACACGUCAACUCCUUAAUUCAGGAUCAACAUAUAGCAUUAACCAUGAAACACAACCAAUAACAAAUUUUCUGAUUCUACAGGAAGUAAAAACACGCUACGAGAAUUACAAAAAGUUUUUCUAUCAUAUUGCAAAUUCCAUACUGUUUGAGUUCUAUGGAGUGCCAAUGCCAAGGCGAUUGAGAGAGUUUCAUGAAAUGUAA